UGAGCCAACAGGAAGUGAUAGUCUUGCAGCACAGAGAGAAAGGCUCAAUCCUGUUUGUUUAUUUGAAUUGUUUGUUUCUAAAUAUUUUGGCUUUCAGAUUUUUGCUUGGGAUAUUAGUUGCUGGAUAGUCAGUGUUGACCUCCAUAAAUCCCCCUGGCAGCUUAGGCUGUCUGGGGGACUUUUUUUGACGUUUUUUGACUUAUUUUUCCUUGUAGCAUGCUGCAGAAGCACAGCAUGGCGUCAGAUAAAGAAAGAGAACAAACCAUGAUGAGAAAAGGUAGCAAUGGGAGGAAUGAAGAGGAGGAGCAAAGAAGAGAGGAUGAGAAGAUACUCGCCAAGCUACAGGAGUGGGGAGUACGACCACUUUCACCAAUCAAACGCCGGGUGUGGCCUGGAACGGAUACAGUUGAUGGGACACGUUUCUUAAAAGUUCGCUUCACGGAACAGGUAUGUUCACUACCAUACUCCACAAAAUUUGAGACUCUGAGAGGCACCGAAUUUUUUCGUGUCAUCCAUGAUAGACAAAUACGUGUUUGUAGACUUUGCAUCAAGCCAGGGCACAUAAUCAGAGAGUGCCCUGAAUUAAAGUGCUUCAAGUGCAAUGGUGGAGGCCAUUAUGCAAGAGAUUGUGAAGAAUGGAUGGGAUUAGAGAGAGAGAGAGUGGAUAGUCAAAAAUAUGAUGAAAGGAGGAAUAGUGUUCUGACAGAGGUGCAAGAGGAGGGAACAACUGAUGUGGUGAGCGGUGGAGAGAAAGACGGAGCUGAAGAUAGUGAAAGAAGAAGCAAAAUGGAAUGGCGAGGCAGACCUGAAAGUUACAGUGAAGCAGAAGAUGGGGAGGAGGAGAUGGAGCAGUCGGAAGAGAUCGAGGAAGAGGAGGACACAGAUGAAAGUAAUGUGAAAGAAAGAGGUAAAGAAGAGGAAAAGAAAAAUACUGCACAAGAACUGAUAGAAAGCAGAGGUGGAAAAAAGAGAGACAGAGAAAGUAAAGAGGGACUGAAAACAAAGAUUAAAAGACUGAGUGCAAAGAGGAAGUCUGAGAUGGACGGAGAACAGGUUGAGCAGAUAAAAGAACCACGAGCGGUUAUGUGACAAAACUGGGGUGUCGAAGUUGAGACCGAGGAGGAAUGGGGGAAAUUGUUUUUGUUUGGAACUUUCGGGAAAAGGAAAAUAACUGAUAUUUGUUUAAUUAAUUUUGUUCUGAGUCAUGCCAGACUAGAAGUAGUUCUAAGAAGGAACUAUAAAUAUUUUGAAGGGAGAAAAAUAAAAGUAAAAGAUUAAUGUCAAUGAUACAAAGAGGGUUGAUUUGUAAGUAUGACGAUAAAGAAGGGAAAGAGUUAUUUUUUGACUAUGAAUAGGUUCAUACAUCAAAAGGUGGGGGAAGAAAUACGUUUCAAUUGGUAAAGAGUUAUAAUCUGGUUGAGAA